UGAAAAGUUGUAGUGUAUUGUGCAAACAGUUUUUGUGUUUGUGAAUCAACCUUUGUUGCCCACAUCAUGGUUCGAUAAUCUGGUUGCUGGAUUUAACUUGAUCAUUUACCACGUCAGUUGCAAUAAAAGCCAUAUAAAGAAUAUUUAUGAAAAUUGAUGUUUAAUGUAAAAGAUGGUAUAUAUUCGUUCUAAUAUAAUGGGUGCAUUUUGGUUAAAUCAAAUUGAAGCACAGUAGGUACGACGGACGAGAAGUAAGAAAUGUCAGGAAGUGUCUUAGCAGACGAAAAUUAUUAAGGCGGACUCUACGAUUAGUAGCGAGUUUUUCUCACCAAAGAUAAAAAUGUCACAAUUAUAUGAAUUGAUUUCAGAUUCAGUGGUAGCAACUCCAAUCACCAAAAUUCAAUGUUCAAACUUUGAAUCUCACAAAGUUUGUGAAGGUGACGAAUUAUAUUAUUCAGAUGAAAGUGACCGACCAUCAGGUGAACGUUGGGCCCCGGUGGGAGCAAAUGAUGGUGAUAAUGACUCCAGUGAUGAACACAAAUGCUCAAACAGUAUGGAAAUAUUAUCCUGUAACGUGGACAGACUGAAAUUGUUGGAAGAGGAGCAGGAAAUUCUUAAUUCAUCACUGAUCGCAUUGACCACACACUUCGCCCAGGUUCAAUUUCGACUACGACAAAUCGUCGACGCUCCGGCAGGUGAAAAAGAUGCUUUACUUAGGGAACUUGAAAAGUUUGCAUUCAGGGGCAUUCCUGAUGUUCCUAGUAACAUAAUACAAACAAGUACAUUGAGUACCCCAGCUUCCUCAGUACCCCAUCAACAAAGUAUUGAUGUCUCUCUACAUGAUGUUGAGGUUGAGUCGAAAAUGGCCUUUCAUCGGUCAAAACAAAGAGAAUUGAUAGGUCAACUCAAACAUCAGUUGCAAGAAUUGGAAGCCUAUGCUUAUGAAACUGGAGGACAAGAUCUACCACAGAGUCUAUUACUCGAGCGCCAGAAUAUAGUAAUUAAUCAUUUAAAAGAGAAAUUGAAUUUCAACGUGGAUGACAUGUGCAAGUUACCUGAAGAUGAUCUACGAUGGCAAGUUGACCACGCUAUAAAUCAGAUUGUCAGUCCGUUAAAAAUGAAAGAGCAACUCGUUUCUCAAUUGAAGACACAAAUAAUCGAUUUAGAACGUUUCAUUGACUAUCUUCAAGGUGAAGUCAGUUCAGAAACGCUAGCCUGCAGCUGUUCCUGCCCCGUACAUAAAACCAAUUUACGACCUACAUCGACCACGUUUAGUAAAGCGGAAAUCCCUGAAACUGAUGAGGAAAAUCAUGCAAGAACUUUGCAUACGGUCAGAAAAGUGGUGUCAUUGCUGCAUAUGUUUGUAAUGUCGCAGCUCGGUUGUGGCAGUAGCCAUGUACGACGAUCUUUCCAAAAGAAUUCUGUUUAUAAUUGGCGUGACUUACGCACACGACUAGAUAUUGCUGUGGAACACGUUUUAGAGGUGGUCGCUGACACCAAUUGUUGUGACCACAGCCACAAUGAAAACGAACGCGUUUAUACAUCUGGUUCUGAGUCCACUCGUGUUCCAUCAAUAUCUGCAGUUACGGUUGCGGUCCGGAAUCAUCUGACAGUGUGCAUCCGCAACUUGAUGCAACACGGUAUAGUACCGGACAUGAAAACGACGUCGAUAUUACCAUUUGUCGGCUGUUUCCCUCUGAAUAGGUCUUCAUCAUCAUCUUCAUUACAUAUAUGGGAACUCAUCAUAAAAUACUACGAGCUGAAGAACGGACAGCGUUACAAUUCUAGUCCUGCACAAAAGUUAUCACAAAGUUUCAAUUUGAAACUUGUUACCGAUCAGAACAAAUCGACAAAGAAGAUGCUCUUAAUCACCAUUGGAAAUAUCGUCUCUUCACAUACUCUAUAUAAAAGGAGCUACGAUUCUCAGUUCAAGGCAUUCGUUUGUGCUGCUCUCAAUGCGAAGAAAUUAGUUAUUUGGCUGAAGAUGAUUUUACAAUGUCAGCAUAUUUUAGAAAAUUACUACGCAUCUUGGAGCUACGUGGUGAAGACAGGUUUUCAAGAUGCUUUCAACUCUCUUGAUCGGCUCACAACUUGUCAUUUUGCUCUGCCAGUUGAUUUAGCAAUUCGACAAUUUCGAAAUAUCAAAGAUGCGUUUUGAUACUGAGCAACGGGACUUGACAGAAGAUAUAUCACCAAUAGCUGCGUUUGACAACUACUAUAGAAGAAAUUAUUUUAUGAUGUUUGAGGAUAUUAUUGGAUAUAUAUCAUAAAUUAGUGAAAAGCUUCUAUCGUAAUGGAAAAUUUCAAUGUAAAAAAAUCCUAAUGGAAUCGAUUCAUGCUUUUGAAUGAUGUUUAAAAAAUCUUAUCGAUCUUUA